CUGCUGCUGUUCCUGAGAGAUCAGCUCUUCUCAGCCAUCAUGGGGGUGCAGAGCAGCGACGGCCAGGUGAUGUUCUCCUCCUCCAUCGCGCUGCUGCAGCAGCGGUUCAGGGAGCUGGAGAGGAUCAGGGAGAAGCGGGAGGAGAGGCUUCUCCACGUGCUCGCUCCCCGCCCCGCCACCGCCCAGAGGGAGGCGCCGGUCAAGUGGUUCUUCCACCCGGAGCUGCUCUACCCGUGCAGGCCGCUGCGCGACACCGCUGCCGCCGCCUUAUUCCCGGCCGUGCCGACCACUGCCAGUGAAUGCAAAACCUUCCAGCUCCGCAGCGACCCCAUCGCGGUGGAGCUGUGGCCUAGUAAGAUCUACAACUACAAGCAUGUCUCUGGUGAAGUCGACGUCGACACCUCGCUGCACCUCUAGACUGCUGCUGCUGCUACUGAAAAAAAUGUUUUGCAAUGCCCUAAGCUGCUGUUAACUUUGCCAGUCUCAUCGGUGUUGCUCUCGCUGUUUUUGUGGUAGCCUACUACUAUGUUUUUCUCUUCUGUUGUAACAAGGGGUAUUAGGAGGGUGAUGGUGAGCUGUAAUUAUUACCCGUAGUACGAUGGUCGAGUUGUUUUCUUGUCA